CCCCGGGUCAUGGCGUGGUCAUCGAGGUAGCGGACCUGCGCCUGCGUCGGUCGAGGCGAUGUGCCGCCAGUCGCGUCCUGGUGCAAGCCGGACUCUCGGCUCAACAGAGCAGACUCAGGCCGCUUGUCAGGUUUUGCGGAAGAGGCCCGAAGAACCCGCUCUGGAAGACGACCUUUUCUGAAGUGAACAUUGAGUACAAGAGCAACAGCGCCACGAGGAAGAAGUCGGAAGUCAAAAACAAGAGCACGUCGAAAUCCCCUUCGCAAAAGCUCGUCGCUUACGAGGACAGACCUUCGGCGAAUUCGGCGAGAGAAGGUCGUCCUUCUUCUUCUUCUCUCACACCUCACAAGAGCCGAGAAGAUCGCCCGCAUCAAAGCUCUCCAGAGACUUUACAACCUCCGCUCGUCCGACCGGAAGGCCCCUCCGCCGGUGGGAUACCAGCCUGCGUCGCAAAGGAGACAUCAGUAUUACAGUUACCAGCAGAAUACCAGCAGGCGCUUCUACAGGCACUCGAACGGCACUGGGGACGGUAGCGUGUACGACCCCACGAACGACACCAUAGUAAUCGACGGCGACGACUUUGUGUACGACGCGGAAAGCCAUGCCUUCGGGGCGAUCACAGGGACCUCCGCAGCCGCGCCGUCGGUCCGGCUCUUCAGCGUGGGGGAACCGACGUGGAUCAGCAACGACUUCAUCCUGCACGAAGGGAUGAACGUGACCUAGAGAGCCCGAGAAAGACCCGUAAACGGAAGAAUAAGAAGAACAAGAAGAAAGCCAAACGCAAGAAGCAAGGGAAGAAAGAGAGGACGAAGGAAGACCCUCUGGAAGACGAAGACGGGUCCCUGGAGAGGAUUCCGAGGUCGGCCUGGACGCCCUCGAGCAGCAGCUAUCGAGGGAGCUCCCGACGCAGCUACCACCGCACCAGGUACUACACGGUGAGUCGAGGGCGUCCUUCGCGGAGGAAGCAGUACCGGGUCACCAUCUCGCGCCACAACCCGCCGGCCCGAACCCCUACCCCCGCCAAGCCCCAGCGCGAACCGGUCACCAGUUCGUCCCAGUCGCGCGGACACAACGAAAUCAUCCCCCGCAAGCCGUCGAAACACGUGCCGGAGAGCUCCAAGGAGGUCUACUAUCCCUCCAAGACGUUCGGCUUCUUGAACCCGAAGCCUGCGAAGCCCGAGGCUGAAGAAGCACCGACGACACCCUCCCCAAGCCACGACCGGCGAGAGCUCUUUGUGCUGAAGGUUCGCUCUUUCAAAAGCCAUUGCGGAGGCGAAAUCACAGCCGAUCGCGGGCGUUUCACCAGCCCUGGAUACCCACAGAAAACUGGUGGCAAAAACUCUUGUUUCUGGAGAUUCAAAACUCCUCCGGGAAGUCACUGGAAACUGCAAUGCACGCACUUCCGCAUUCGGAAAUCCCGAAACUGCAUGCGGGACCACCUUGCCAUCCGCAUCAAUGAUGCCGACUGGACGAGGUAUUGUGGUCGAGAAGGGCCGAGUGUAGCACUGACCUCCUCCCACGCAGCUUACGUCGACGUCGUCCUCAACACCUUCAGAAACGACUCAGCGAGAACCAUCUGUUCUUGGGAGUCUAGAUACCUUGCUCGCUCGCGUACCAUCAGACAUGGAGCUGCAACGACUACCGAAAGCUCACCUCGGACCACACGAUGUGCCGCGCCACCCCGCCCACCUGCUCCAUCUACCUCGAGGGCGUGACGAGCAGCGAAAGGGCGUUUAUCCUUGACGCCCACAACAAGUACAGGGCCAUUGUAGCUCGAGGGGAGGAGAGCGAGGGGCUUCCAGGGCCUCAGUACUCGGCGUCCGACAUGCAACAGCUGGUGUGGAACGAGGAGCUGGCGCAGGUGGCUCAGGCGUGGGCGUCCGCUUGCCCGGAUUAUCAUGACUGUCAGGACUGCAGGCGGGUUCUGUCCAGGGAUUACUACGUGGGCCAAAAUAUUUUCUAUGAAUGGAGCAGUAGUAACGGCGGUUCGGUGUGGGAAACAGCGGUAAGACUCUGGUAUGAGGAGGUCAAGUAUGUUCCCAACUACCUCACGAAAAGUUUCCGGAUGAUGGACCACGCAGUAAUAGGCCACUACACGCAGCUGGUGUGGGCGGAGACGAGGGAGGUUGGGUGUGGGGCGACCUACCACGACUGUUCCAAGGUCUUCAAAGGACGGAUGUGGAAGUUGAAAUGCAAGAUCUACGUGUGCAACUACGGGCCUACGGGUAACUACGUCAGAAAACCAAUGUACAGCAUAGGGCCUCCGGCGUCAGCAUGCCCUCCUGACACUCGACCGUCCAUACAAUAUCCUGGUCUUUGCACUCUUCGCUGACGAACACUUUAGCUAUUUUUUCUCUGUUCAUAUUGACGUAAACUCGGGAUAUCUGUACUCUGUGCUAAUUAAUAAUGCCUCUGACUGAGGUAAUGUAAACAAGCAUUCGAGCGCUGAGUUACACCGAAAUGUAUAAAUAUAGGGUGUUUUUUUCGGUCGAUCCAGUGUUAAUAUAUUCUACACGAGGAAGACAAGAACUACUGUGUGCUAUAGCUUCAAGGAUCUCCUGUCCUUCCUACCAGUGUAAAGGAGGUGUGUAUAUUGUACUCCAAACCAGGGUUAUACAAGGUCUCUAUACUGUUACAUGUGAUGAUAUAUUUGCGCUUUCCGAUGUACCUUUAUCGUGCUAUCCACUUUUAGCAAAGAAGAAAGAGUGAGAAGGAUGCAACUUGAGAG